AUCGGACGCACGGCACGGAACGGAAAAAUAUACUCCCAAUGAGAUUAAAUAGAGCAGCGCACAUAUGUGCGGACGGUAGGCACGGAAUUUUAAAAAUCCCGCGAGAAUUUUCCAAGUUGAAUUAAAAUCCGGCCGAUGCGUUCCGUGCGUGCCGAUACCGACGUAUGUGCGAUGCAGAUCCGAGAUUACCGCGGCAUCGUCGUUAUUAGGCAAGUCUUUGCUCGCAAAUCAUUAGUUAGCACUGUCUAUAAUAAUAGUGAGCUUUUACGAAAAUUUAAUUCUGCAUGUUCAAGUUAUAAAGAACUCUACGAUUUAAGUGAUAGGUAUUAUAGUAACCAUCACAGAAAGGACGAAAUUUGGAGAGAAAUAGCAAAGAAAGUUGGAGAAAUAAGUGACGUCUGUAAAGAAACAUGGAGAAAACUACGGGAUAAUUAUAGGAAGGCGAAACAGUUGAGGAACACUAAAAGUGGUCAAAGUGCAAAAAAGAUUAAACCAAAAAAAAUCGAAAAAGAAUUGGCAUUUUUAAACCCCCAUUUGCAACAACCACAAGAAUUGCAAACAAGUAAUUUGUUGGUAUCUAGUUCAGGUGACGACUCUGAUGCUGAUGGUUCUAGCCAGCAAUUGACGGAAGGUUUUUCUGAACCCCCAACCCCGGAUUCAGCGAAAAGCAUUGCAAGUACCUCCACGUGUCAUCUAAGCAGGUCGAAACGAAAACGGGAACAUGUACAGCAUUCUCCAAUGCAGGAAUACCUGCAAUUCAAGCGUGAGCAGCAGGUAUCGUCGCAGACAAACGCACAUCCCCUGGAUGUAUUUUUUUCUUCAAUGGCGGCGACAGUAAAAACGUUUCCAGCACCAACACAACUAAACAUUAAACGACAGGUCUUUCAACUUGUAACAGACGCUGAAGCAACAUUAACACCACCAGAAAAUGCCAUCCCAUUAUGCCGUCCAGACUAAAACUUCCGCAUUAUCACUUCAUCCAAAUAAUGUCAUCUUUACCCCUCCAGAACCUUCCGAAUAUGCUGGCCAAAUUACAAAUGAAAAUCAAUUGUUAAAUCUUGAUGAUUACCGAACAUCGACACAGAGCUACUACCACACUACCUCACAGAAUUUUUCAAAAUAAAUUUUGGAGACAAUUUAGUUUUUAGUUUUGUGUGUUUCUGUUUCGUAGUUAUAUAAAAAAUGCUAAUAUUUUUCUAGUUACAUACUUUUGUUACAUGUUAAGAGAAAUAAUUUUAAGUUUUGUGAGUUCCUGUAUGUUCUGUCCAUUACUUUUCAAAUAAAAAUAUAUUCAUAUACAAGGCAUUUCUGCUGAAAGCGG